UCAUAAGCAUCAUGUGAUAGUGAUUACAUCUUUGUGACUAGUGAUUACAUGUAUCAUAAGCAUCAUAUGACUGAAAGUUUCAUCAUCUCGGUUCGAACAGCUCUACCGGUUGCUGUUGCGAGCAAUGUAAAAGCUAAUGUAAAACAUGCUACUACUAGCUGGCAAAACUGAUGGUCAGGAAAAUCUUAGACAGAAUGAUGAAGCGCUCGGUGCCCUUCUUUCUUGCUCGAGGUGACACUGAAUUUUUAUGCUGGUGGUCCAUCAAGAGCUGCGGAGGAAGCAAAGGCGAAAUCGGACUUUUAGGAGACAAGCUGCUCCUAAAAGUGGUAUGAAGAUGACGUUGGAGAUGGGUUUUUUCGAUCUCCAUCGAUUGCGUCCAGAUCAACAGUCACUCCAUCAUCAAACUGAACGACCCGAGUCCUCGGCAGAAUGAUGAAGUUUGUCCACGAUUUCACCAAGACGGUUGGUAUGGGUCCACCGGUUACCUGGCUGCAGAUUUUUUUAAGGCCAUCGAUAACUAUCAUUGAUAAUUGUAGUGCUUAGAAGAUCAAUACGACUUCUACAAUCAGACUUGUUGGUUCCUACCAACAUGAUUCUCGCGAACAAGAAGGGUGAUAUUAUAAGGCAUGAUCUAAAGAUCGACGAAGCUAAAAAUAUGAAACUCAUGAUCUAAUAUUUCCGCAGUACAAAAACGACACGCUUUUUCGCUUCGACCAUGAGGAGGAAGAAGUCAUUGCUUUGACAAUCGACGACGGUCUUUGCGCUAGUGCGAAAAGACGGGAUGAAGGUGCAGAAGUAGCUGCAUCUUCAUCACACGCACAAGCUCCUUCAUUUCCAUCACACACACAAGCUGCUCCAUCUCCAUCACACGCACAAACUUCUGCUGCUUCAGGGAGCACUGAACGAGCGGAUCCAGCAUCGUUGGCGCCAGAUGUCUUAGACCUGCUCUCCAAGUAUAAUGCACGUGCGACGUUCUUUCUUAUCACAGACCACUGUCAAUAUGAGGGCUGUGAAGACCAUUUGAAGCGAUUGCUUGAGGAGGGCCACGAAGUAGGCAAUCACGGCCAUGUGGACAAGCCAUUGCAAUGGGUUGGGACGCAAGUUAAGGAAGCUCAUAUUUCGAACUGCACUGAAAAUCGACUGAAUCUCCAACGGAGUAAAUUAGAAUAACAAGAACUAAAUGCAAACUAACUAAUUAAGUCCCUUCUACCCCGCGACUGGGUACACUACUACUACUACUCCCACUACUAGGAUACUACUACAGAUACUACUACAACUUGUUCUAACGUCUGCAGCACAGCGAGUUCUUCAAGAACUCCACUCAUUUUUUUUAGAAGUUCCACAGAAAGAAUCUUCUAACCAAAAAUUUGAGAGGAUCGUAGACGAAUGCAACGCUUUUCUGACAGGACUGGAGGAUGAUCGGCAUGGUGCUCAUAUGAAGAGCAAUCCUGUUCCUGACACGACCGGAGAAUCUAGUAAAAGUGUGCUUCUAGAGAGAAGAAUGCCGCAGGGAGGAAGGGAACAAAGUGGGGUAGUACAACAGAAAGAGGCAGCGCAACUAGGUGGACGAGUAGCAGUGGUAGACCGCGCUGCGCCGGAAGAUGGUGCGAGUAGGAGAGUUCAAGAAGUUCAAGGCGGUGAAGGACAGCAAAUACAGCGCACAGCAAACACUUCGUCUCUCACACCAAGGCUGUUUCGUGCCCCCUGUGGGAUGCUGUCGCCUUCAAUGGCUCGCGUUUUGACUGCCAAGGGAAUCCAGCAUGUCCUCGGCGACUGCUAUUGCGAUGAUCUCACUAUGAUCUCACUCAUUGUCAUAGGGCAUCUACUCGAAAACUGAAAAUAACCGAGUUACUGACUGAAAUAAGAGAGUCUUGACUACAUUCCUCUUCUUUCAGUAUCUCCCUUAUUUUCCCUAGUUACUCGCUUAUUUCGAAGUUGUUAGUGGCUUCGCCUGCUUCUUUGUGUUUGUUACUGUUACUCCCAUUAUUUAUUUCAUAGAAGAAACGGUCCUCGGAUCAUGAGGAUGCGUCAUCAACUUGUUCUAAUUUCCUGAUGCCCGAUACCGAUUGGAUAGCGAGGACAAUGUCGCAGCAAGCGAAGCGUGGCUCAAUAUUGAUCAUGCACAUGCCCGAACGCUCGCGUCGCUCGCACCUUCUCUUAUGGCUCACAGUGCCUCAUCCCCAGAUGAGGAGACCAUUUCUCCAAGGAACUCGCUACGUUCUUGACGCCUACUUACGUUCUAGACGCUCCUUAGCGAUUUCUCAUAUGAUUUGAGGUGAGCAGCGCCUCUAACAUUGGAAGCACUAGACAAGACUCUGAAUAUCCUGGUCACUCAGCGGAAGUUCAAGGUCGUAACGGUGGGGGAAAUGAUACGUCGGCAAAGGGAGCGUCAAUGUCGGGAAACUGCAGCACCAACGUGAUGAUUAUGCGGAUACGGUGGACUGAGGUGGAAGUGGCAUCCUUUUAGUGACAUGACAGAUCAAGACAAGAACUGUGGUUUGUUUUCCAAAUUCAACUAAAUUGGUGCUGUAGCUCUCCAAUAUGGAGGCACUACUUCACUGAGUGGCCUCACCCUCACAGAUAGACACCUACGGCUAUAUAAGAGGCUCCAUGUUGACAUUACAUAGGUAGGAACUUUUGACCAUAACCCUUUGACAGGAAGGAUGUAGUCUUGAUGGUCAAGGAAGAAUCGAGCGAUGAAUCUUGUGAAGCUGGUCACGUUGAUGUUAACCACAGAACUUCUAUGAUGUGUUUAUAACUCGCGUGAAUCAUGACUGAGACCCAACGCAAAUAACCAGUUGAUGCUCCCACACCUAACUUUCUUUUUGGUGAACGCACCUCGCAGUCCCACCUGCUUUACUUGCGCCAUCUCUACUUGUAUUUUCUACAGCUGGAUUCGGAUUCCUGCCUUCUUUAAAAAGUCCCCGUUCGAGUUUGAAUCUUCCAGAGGAUGAGGAGGUUUUAUAGUCAGGACAUGCAGACUGAUUCUGCAUCUACGAGUGUCAGAAAGAAAAGAAGAGACGAAGAC